AAUAAAGUGAAAGGCGUAAAUAUUCUAAAAAAGAAUGAAACGCCGAUAAUACCAAACAACAACAACAACAACAACUCCAUCUACCUCUUUUAGACUUCGCGUCGAACAGGUAUGUACCGUCGUAUCAAAGACUGUGCUUAUUUUGGACUAAACAUCAGAAUUUAAGAUUUUUAAACAUUGUCUUAAUGAAGGAGUUUCCCUUUACACCAUAAACUGCGAAGUGGUAUUUCUAGUUUCACAGUGAUCUUCAUCAUCAAAAAGAAAGCCUAAAGCGACAUGGAUCCUGGAGCGGGGUUGAGUAAUUUGCAGCAGCAGGUAAGUACCGCCGAUAGUGAGCAAAAGGAGAGUAUUGGGGCAUGUUGUGAUGCGUUAGGAAUAGUAAAGAAUGUUUUGGUUGACAUCGUGUGUGACAGGGAAGUGAAGUGGACGAAGUUGAAUGCAGUAAGUCUGGUGAAUGGUGUGCUCGUGGAGUUGACAAAGUGGUUGAAGAAAGAGAGGAAAAAUGUAAGGGUAAUUUAUAAGCUGGUGCAUGCACUGUUUGAUGUAGACGAGCUGAGCGAUGACCAGCAAAGGAAUAUGCAGAGAAGAGUCGAGACGGUGUUUGCCAACGAGUCGAGGAUGAGGAAACGUCUGAAGACCGCGAUUGCCAGAAAAGGUGCAAAUCAGCAAGACAUGCAGGAUGAGCUGAAUACAUUUGAGAGAACACUGUUCAACUUUCGACCACAAGUUCGAGAACGUCAAGAAGAGAGCGCAGAUGUUGGUGAUGACGCGGCAACUACGACUGUUGCUGCCACUAGUGCCAGAGAUGAUGAACUUGAAAGCCUACAAGAGAAGCUAGAGUGUGUUACAGACAACUUUCGAUCUCAGCGUGGAAUAGUGGGUUCAUCUGCGAAGAAACUACGUCGUGUGAAAAAGAAAAAUAAACAGCUAAAAGACCAGAAGGAGCACGCGGUUGCAGCCUUAGCUGCUAUGACGACACAAUGUGAAAACGCAAAGGCGAAUGUGCAAGAGCGUCAGAAAGAGAUCCGGAACGCAAGGAAAAACAAGAAACAAUUAUUGAAGGUGAGGAAGGAAUUAAUGAACGCUAAAAAGGACGCUAAACAGAGUUUGAAAGUGAAGGAAGACCCCAGUGAUAGGGAGGCGGUUGUAAAGCGGUUGAAGAAGAAGUUGCGAGCGGCUAAAAACAGCCAUAAAAUAACACAAAAAGGGCUCAGAAAGAGUGAGAAACAGCUAAAGCGUAGCAAGUCACAUCUUGACACCUUGAGACGGAAGAAGAAGGAGUUCUACAGAAACAUCCGUGAAAAGAAAGAAGUGGGAAAAAAAGCGGGAGAAGAGAAGAAAGCGACAUCUAGUUUGAUAGCUGAUUUGCGGAAAGAAUUGAAAGAACUGAAGAGUGAGUUGGGUGUUGAUGUCGAAGAGAGACCAACGACUUUCAAAUCUAAACAAACGUACACUGCUAGUAUAAGAGAGGUUUAUCAGGACUUGAUGGUAAAGCAUGGGGUGAGCUCCACAACAUGCGAGGGUGUUGUUAGGACUGUUCUGGAGGGGCUAACAGACAUACCCAUGGAUGAUGUAAAACUCCCCAAAACGACAUCCGCAUGCACCAUAAUGCUGGAAGGACGCAAGCUCGCCCAAGUUCAAGUUGCAAGAGCUCUAGCAGAAGGCAAGGACUUGACUGUGGCAAGUGACGCAACAACCAAAUUUGGACACCACUAUUCUUCUUAUGAUGUCUACAAGGAAUCAGAUGACGGCAGCGGACCAUCAGCCAUGACGAUUGGAAUGAGAGAGAGCGAAGGUGGGACUGCUCAAAUAGCGCUGGAUACAUUGCUGAGCAUAUUGCAGGAAGUCAGCGACAUGCCAGGGUCAACGCACACAGUGCAGAAGAUGAUUGCAAACAUCAAGAACACAAUGAGUGAUCGCCAUAUAGCCGAGAAAAAAUUCAACAACCUCCUGAAGGAGUACAGAGAGUCUAUUCUGCCGAACAUUGUUGAAGGAUGGGCUGACAUGAACAAUGAAGAACAGGCAAAGUUUGCUAGUAUGAACGAUUUCUACUGUGGACUUCACUAUUUGGUAGGGCUUGCCGAUUAUUCCAGUACUGCUCUUCAGACAUGGGAGCGUAUGAUUUUUGGUGAUGAUAAAGUUGGUGCAGAGACAGUGCCUGGAGUCCAUGUAGAGAGUGGGUGCGGUACCGUGCGUUUGGUGCGCACGAUAUGCAAGGCAGUACAGGACCGUGGGUGCGAGAAGGCAGGUAAACCCCUCCAAUUCCGAUCUUUCUUGCGGACAAAAGGGAUCACAUCUGUUCCUCUUGCUCCUUUCAAGGGGAACAGAUUUAACAUCAUCUUCCACAACGGUGCCGGCGUUUUCUUUCUCGCCAAAGAAUUGAAAGAAUUCUUCCAGGAACAUGCGGAGGGCAAUCAACUGCUAAAGGCGGUGAAUGCAGACCUUGGCGUCAAUCAGUUUCUCGCAGCCGUACGUGCGCUCGGUCUAAUUGACAAGUUGGUGACUGGCCCACUGUGGCAAGUCAUAAACGAGCCAGGUCACAUUGCUACCAUGAACGAGCAUUACACAUCGAUGCUUUCCUGCUUUGAAAGGUGGUCUGAUGACUCCAGUGAGUUCAUGCGCGGUGAAGAUGUUCUGUUCGAAGGCAAACAUGACCCUUCAGACCCCAUCUUCACUGCACUGGUCACCCCAAAUCCUGAGCUUGAUCCUAUGACCAAGCAGGUACUGGAAGUGCUCUUCCUGACAUACUGUCAGGUAACCGAAAAAAUGUUGGAAGAUCACCUGCCUUCUGGAAAGCACUCUGAAAUGGGAGAAGAGAAAGUGAAGGAGACAAAGAGUGUGCCGAAAACGAAUGUAGGAGUAGAGCGGGACUUCGGUAUGCUUGAUAGAUUGAUGCGGUUGAAGCCAUCUGCUGGUAUGAUGUUCGUAGAGAGCAUCAUUAUGGGUGUGCGGAAUAAGACAAGCGAAUGGCGAAAGGGUCUCCAUGUAACUGACAGAGAAAAGUUGAUGGAGUAUGCGAGAAAAAGCGUCAAGGCUCAGAGAGAUGAGUAUGCCGAGAGAGUGAAGCAGUUGUGGGAUGAAAGAGCGGCGAAAAGGAAAAGUCAACAGGAGAAGGCUGAGGAACGCGAAGUGAAAAAAUGUGUGAGAAGUGAAAGUGUGUAUGUGACCGUGGUAGAGAAAUGUGGAGGAAUAUGGAUGUCGGAAAAUGAGGUGCAUGAAAGACUGCAAGGAGAGAGUGAGAAGAAGUGUAGUGAAAUGCUGCAAGCGCAGCUUCAAGCGAGGAGGCAUGUGUUUCGUGAGGCAAAUGUACAAGGAAGGCUGAAUGUCAGUGCAAAAGGUAAGAAGAAGAGUGUGCAAGAAUUGAAAGAGUGCCUUCUCGAAAUAAUACGGGUUGCAAGUGAACGAAGCGAGCGAGAGGAGGAUAGAGCAGAAGCGGAGUAUGCGAGUAUGUGUGCAUCCGAAGAGAAAGUGGCCGAAUAUCGCGGACGGGUAGAAGAGAAACGGAGUAAAGUCAAGAGUCGAGCAAAAAAGAAGGCUGUGGAGAAGGACAGAGUGAAGUAUGACGAGUUAGUCGGGAAAAUAGUGGAUCACCUAACUGAGGGAGAAGGGGGGCAAGAAGAGCGGCAUCGGGCCAUUAUCACAAGUAGAACAAGGAAGGGCCUAAAACUUAGUUACGAUAGUGAACCUCGGGCUUCGUAUGAGUACACUAGGAAACAAAUAGAGGAUGACCUGGAUAAUGGGGACUUAAAGAUACCCAAAUUGAGCAUAAGAGACAUUGUGGGGAGGGACAUAAAUCACAGGUUCGAGGUUGAUGACGAGUUGAUUUGGUACAGAGGGUAUAUUGAUUCUGUGACUCGAGGGCAAGAGUGCAUAGUACUCUAUAACCCACUAGGAGAGGAAGGGUAUGAGCUAGAAAGUUCAUGGGAAGGGCCAAUUCUCGAAGACUAUGAGAAUAAUGAUGUAAGAUUUGUUAGGGAAAUUUAAUUAAUUUCUUUAUUUGGCAAGACAUUAAUCUACAUCCGUCACACUCGACCCAGGUGAAGUAAAUGGGUACCGGUAGGAAGAAAUUCCUUGAAUGCUGUGUGCGCCUUAUCAGGGUAGCCUAGCUAAGCCGGGUAAUAAUGACAAUAAGCGCCUUGAGCACUCUGCAGAGUGGAUACGUGCGCUAUAUAAAUUGCUUUAUUAUUAUUAUUAUUAUUAUUAUUAUUAUUUAUUUGUUAAUUUACCAAUAGCAUAAAAGGGUUCCGGUGGCGUACUUUCACUUAAUGGGAGGGGGGGGGGGGCCUAUAAUAUGUUUUUUUUUAAAUAGUAUAUUUCACCGUUAGGUCCUGCGGGCUGGGGUGGUGGUUGCGUGGUCGAGAGGAAGAAAGUGUGUGUAGUUGUGGCAGAGAGCUUUCGCCAUUCGUUUUUCGUCUUAUUCUGUUAAAGCUGGUGUAUUUAUAUUGAUCUGUUAUGAAACACUCCAACUCUACAAAAGCAUAGUGACCGUUACACCAAUUUUUUACGCGUUGAAUCUUUGUGAAAAUUUGAAUUUGACUGGUAGAUCAGAUUGAGCGCGAUCUCUAUCGGCAAUGAUAUAAUUUCCCUUAUAAAAAGAAAAAACUUCCGAAAAAUGAUUUCAUAGAUUUAGCUAAUGUAUGUCAGAAAGGCAUACACGAAGAUAUUAUCCUGAAAUUUUCCUCCACUUCCGUGCCUGUGAAGUUGUUUUAUGUCAAAAAUAACAAAAAUACUCAUUUUCCGGGACCCCGACUUUUGAUAUAAGACAUUUUUAUCGUAAUACUAUACACAUUUUGAUUUAUAAUGCUUUUUAGAUCUCAUUUAUCUAGUGAUAUGUGUUUUAUCAUAUAACCUUUCAUUAUAUCUUACAAUAAAUUCACUCUUUGAAAGUCUGUAUUUUCAGAUUUACCAAAACUAUAUCCCAGCUAAGAUAGGUUAUGGGGUGUGAUCGAGAGGACAAAAGUGCUUUAUGUUCGUUGGAGAGAGAGAGAGAGCUUGUUUUCAUUUUGGGAUAGUCUUUUAAAGAUAGGUUAUGGGGUGUGAUCGAGAGGACAAAAGUGCUUUAUGAUCGUUGGAGAGAGAGAGCCCAAGUUACUUCCAAUUACAGUUUCCUCGAACCUGUCAUUUUUGUUUUAUAUUCAACCCUAACUGCACGAAAAAAAGAA